AUGGAACAACUCGAUCCCACAACAGGCACCCCCCUCCCCGCCGACGCAAUCCAACGCAUCCUCUUCAUCGCCUCCGGCGCCCACGUCUACAACAUUCCCCCCCUCACCUCGAACAAGGGCUACACCGCCGCCGGCUGGACCGACCGCCAAAUCUUCACUGCGCGCCUCCGCAAUCACAUCAAGGUCGACAUCGUCCUCGAGGACCCGUCCAACGGCCAGCUCUUCGCCGCGGCGCCCUACACGUCCAUCAACGCCGUCGAGCCCGUGCUCGAUUCCUCGCGCUUCUUCGCGGUGCGCGUCAUGGACGGACAGGGUCGCAAGGCGGUGUUGGGCGUCGGCUUCGAAGAGCGCAGCGAGGCGUUUGAUUUUGGCGUUGCGCUGCAGGAGGCGCAGAAGAGUUUGGGGCUGCUGGACGCCAGUCACGCCAAACAGGCUGCCGAGAAUAGCAAGCGCGCCGAGGAGGAGAAGAAUAAGGACUAUAGUCUCAAGGAGGGCGAGACCAUCACCAUCAACUUUGGCGGGUCAAAGAUUGGGCGUCGGUCGAGGACCGAGUCUGGGUCCGAGAUCCCCGGCGGAGGAGCGGGAGGGUUGCAGGGUUUCUCUCUGCCGCCGCCCCCGAGCGCGCCGAAGAGCGGUGGUGGUGCUGGCAGCUUCGGAUUGCCGCCGCCGCCGAGUGCUGCUAAUGUCCGGGACAAGAAGAGGGAGAACAGGAAAUCCGCACAGGAUCUGGGGUUCGACGACGGCCAGUUUGGCGAGUUUGCGUAA